GAAAACAGGAAGUUCCUUCAGAAGCUCGCUGAAGCGGCCAAGAUGGCAUCGGCCGUGGAGAGAACUGACGAUUUGGUGAGGGAGUACCUUUUGUACCGCGGGUUUACAAGCACCCUGAAGCACCUCGACAAUGAAAUAAAAGUGGACAAAGAAAAGGGAUUUCGUGUUGACAAGAUUAUUGAGCAGCUCCAGCUCUUCAUCCAGAACUAUGACCUGGUGGGACUGAAGGAAUACUGGGCCUAUCUGGACCGCCGCCUCUUCUGUCGCCUGGAGGACAUAUACAGGCCCACUGUCAACAAACUCAGAACCAGCCUCUUCAGAUACUACGUAGUCUACACGGUCCAGACAAAGAAUGUUGAGAAGACGCAGGAGUUCUUCCAGAAGCAGGCCCCGGAGCUGCAGGGCCAGGUGGAGUGGCGGGAUUGGUUCAUCCUGCCCUUCAUCCCCAACCCCGAGCAGAACCAGGUCUUCGCCUCCUACUUCUCCCGCCAGUGGGCCGACACCUUCCUGGUCUCACUGCACAACUUCCUCAGCGUGCUCUUUCAGUGCAUGCCCCUUCCAGUGCUCCUGAGCUUCGAUGCGGAGAUGCAGAGGACAACCGGACUGCAAGAAGAGAAUGACACACUCCGACAAAUUUUAUUUGCGAUGCAAGGAGAUUCACACCCGAAGAGGGGCGAAGAGAUCAUUCACCACAGGCUUCCAGCUUACGUUCAACACAUGGACCGACUCGGAGACACAGAGCUAGACCUGGUGUCCAGCCAGCGUCCAGCCAACCUUGUUACCCCCUCGCGCAAUUUCUUCUCCACAUUCCUCCCCCAAGGAAAACGGGCACCUGCCAGGACGCCCCAAGCAUCUGGGUCCUCGCCAACGCAGUCCUCCGUGGGCAGGAAGGACACGGCAGCCAAUCAUGUUGUAAAGACUAAAGAGCCGACUCCGAGCGUCCGGGAGCCCAAGAUGGCGGUGCCCCCUCCGGGGGUGAUGGUGGAGUCGUCGUCGUCGUCGUCAACAGGCGUGUCCAGGCAGAGGAGGCAUCAGGACCACGAGAAGGAGAGGAAGGAGCUCUUCUCCAAGCCCACCCAGCAGACCGUGGAGAGGAAAGGAGAGAGCUCUGACUCUGAGCCCCACGCCGACACGGUGGGCGAGCCGUCGGACUCUCCGACCAAUCAGGCGCGGGCCAGCUCGGACAUCGGCGCAGCCAUGGAGCAGCCGUUCAUCAAGUUGAGUCAGGAAGAGUACGCCGAACACCACUCCUCCAUCAUGCACUGCAGAGUGGACAGCUCGGGGAGGAGAGUGGCCAGUCUGGAUGUGGAUGGUGUCAUUAAAGUCUGGUCCUUCAACCCCAUGAUGCAGACGAAAGCCACCAUCAUGUCCAAGUCACCGCUGCUGUCACUGGAGUGGGCCACCAAACCUGACAGACUGUUGCUGCUGGGGAGUGGAGUGGGUACCGUUCGUCUGUACGACACAGACGCCAAGAAGAACCUCUACGAGAUGCAGAUUGAUGAAGCACACCCACGGAUCCUGUCGCUGGCCUACAGCCCUAGUGGCACGUCGUUUGUGUGUUCUGCGGCGGCCCAUGUGGCUCGUACAGGCAGCGUGACGGAGGCGGUACCCCGUGUUGUACUCCCCGUCUCUGGGAAACUGCUCCUGUGGGACACCAAGACCAUUAAGCAGCAGCUUCAGUUUUCUCUAGAACCUGGACCAGUAGCCAUUAAUUGCACAGCGUUCAACCACAAUGGAAACCUGCUCGUCACCGGAGCUGCAGAUGGAAUGAUUCGUCUCUUUGACAUGCAGCGGUAUGAGAGUGCCAUGAGCUGGAAGGGCCACGAUGGGGAGGUGUACAGUGUGGAGUUCAGCUACGAUGAGAACACCGUCUUCAGCAUCGGUCAGGACGGCAAGUUCAUCCAGUGGAACAUCCACCGCAGUGGCGUGAAGCAGUCGGAGUACUCGCUACCGCAGGAUGCCACGGGACCCUUCGUGCUGUCGGGCUACAGCGGCUACAAGCAGGUGCAGGUGCCCCGUGGACGCCUCUUCGCCUUCGACUCCGAGGGCCACCACGUCCUCACCUGCUCCAACAACGGAGGGCUCAUCUACAGGCUGAACAAGGGGGAGUCAGGUCUGGAGAGCGUGCUGGCCCUGGGGGGGCACAAGGCCCCGGUGGUGACCGUGGACUGGUGCUCAGCUGUGGACUGUGGCACCUGCCUCACCGCCUCCAUGGACGGCAAGAUCAAACUCAGCACGCUGCUGGCCCAGAAGUCCUGAGCAGUUAAGCUGACGAGGCGGCGGAGGGCAAUAGGGUCAGUUGUCCCAGGCCCAGGGAGAGGAGGAGCCCAGAAUUGGACAUUACAUUUUACAGUAUACUGUAUAUUGAUGGAGGGGUGAGGGGGUUCAGAUGGCUUUGUCCCGGGCCCCACCAGUGCUGUCAGUGACCCUGGUCCUGAGGACUUGACCUGCCUUGUCUUGACACCUGUGCCCUGGUGGUGUGGACAAAAACAGCUCCAGGCUACUAUUUGAGAUGUUUUUCUUCCACAAGAGUAAUGCAGCGUGGCAAUGAUUAGUCGGAUAUUUGGUGCUCACAUAUCUAGGUCAUACUAAACUCUUUCUAUCUCGUCUGUCUGAUCGCAAUCAUCUCUCCUAGAGCAGAGUGUUUGAUCAGCCCUUGGUGCUCUGUGUGUAGCUGCUCCAGUGUUAUUAGUCAUGCUGGUGGUAGUGGCGGCGGUGUUGGUGGACCCUGCCUGCAGUAGAAGGCAUUAAAGGAGGAAUUCAAGUGGA